CUCUUCACUCUUCAAACCAAAAUUAAAUUAAAUAAAUUUCAAUAUCUUCCUUUUUCUCUUCUCUCUCCCUUCUCCUUUCCUUCAAUCCCUCCAAUCUCUUCCUCACUGAAACUUGAAAGAGUGUGACCAAAAAAAGCUGUAAUCUUCUUCUGCUUCAUCCAUGGCUUCCAUAGUCGCUGCUACUGCAACAACAACAACUACUACUACUACUACUACUACUUCAACUAUUACUCCCACUGAUCCCCCUUUUUACUUUGAUGAGAAAUGGAAGUUCUCCAAGAAGGAAGGUUUAAGCAGAUCAACUCGUUCUUCCUCUUUCCCCAUCAUCAAAAAUUCCUCUCACAGACGUUGUUCUUUCACAAGAAAGUGCGCUAGAUUAGUCAAAGAGCAGAGAGCUCGAUUCUACAUCAUGAGACGUUGUGUCACCAUGCUCAUCUGUUGGCACGAUUACACCGAUUCUUGAGCCUACCCAUCUCCUGAAACUCAUAAAUCUAAAAUACACAUAAGAGAGAGAUUUUUAAAAUUUUCUCUCUCUUUCCAUCACAUGGGUCAGGUCGAGAAACACGCUUCAAAACAGAGAAAACUCCCAGAUUGGCGUAU